AGAACAUGACACCUGGACAGGACAGAAGAGAAAUUCGAUCCCUUAUAUCAGGAAAGGAAGGCUGAGUUGGGUUCACGAUCUUCUGCAUCUUUUAGCAGUUUGCUCCCUAUGUUGGCUUUGGCUGGUGUGACUCAUAUUGACUUGGAGUGGUCUUUUUCUUCCCUUAACCUGAUGUUGUCAUUGUUGUUCCAUUGACUCUUUGUAUACUGUUCUAUUUUGGGAGAAGUUGAUGAAGAAUACCUCUCUUCAAAAUUGACUUGCUAACCCCUGUUUUUAGAGAAAUGAUCCCAUCUUGCACACUUGACUUUCAAGAUGACAGUUUACAAAUUAAACUUCAACUUGAGUAUUCUUAGGAAGGUCUUUUUUUUGUAAGCUCCAAAUCUAAUUUUGUCUUUUUUUAAAAAAAAAAAAAUUUAUUAUUAAUUUAUUAUUUAUUUUUGGCUGUGUUGGGUCUUCGUUUCUGUGCGAGUGUUUUCUCUAGUUGCGGCAAGUGGGGGCCACUCUUCAUCGCGACGCGCGGGCCUCUCACUAUCGCGGCCUCUCUUGUUGCGGAGCCCAAGCUCCAGACGUGCAGGCUCAGUAGUUGUGGCUCACGGGCCUAGUUGCUCCGCGGCAUGUGGGAUCUUCCCAGACCAGGGCUCGAACCCGUGUCCCCUGCAUUGGAAGGCAGAUUCUCAACCACUGCGCCACCAGGGAAGCCCUAAUUUUGUCUUUUGAAAGUUCACAGAGCUUUCUAUUGCUUUUUAAGCAACGUAUUCUAGAAACAAUAUGUUAUACUCUUAAUUGUAUAAUUUAUACUGUGGUAUUUCAAAAGCCUUUAGAAAUUAUUCUGCUUUCUUAUAAACUUCAUUUUACAAAUCAAAAUAAAUUAUAUGAGUUAACCAGAAGUUGCUGUUAAGAGUGGUAAAGAAGAGAAGAGAAAGAGAAAUGUGCAAAUUGCAUGAGAAUAAGAUUUUUACCCUGUAUUGGACAGUCUUUUAAUUCUAGAACUUUCUUUUCCUUUACACUUUUUAAAAACUUGAGGUAUAGUUGAUUUACAGUGUUGUGUUAGUUUCAGGUGUAGAGCAAAGUGGUUUAGUUAUACGUAUAUAUAUAUUUUUCAGAUUCUUUUCCCUUAUAGGUUAUUACAAAAUAUUGAGUAUAGUUCCCUGUGCUGUACAGUAGUGGAACUUUCUUGGAAAAAGGGAAUUUGUGAGUUUCUUUGAGCAAAUUUAGGAGAAUAUCAUUUUUGUGAUAACAUUUUCUUUACUACCUGUCUUAGUCUCUCCAGGCUGCUAUAACAGAAUAUCACAGACCGGGUAACUUAUGAACAACAGACAUUUAUUUCUUACAGUCUGGAGGCUGGGAAGUUCAAGAUCAUGGUGCUGGCAGAUACAGUGUAGUGGAUGGUCCGUAUUGUGGAAGCAUGACUGUGCCCAAAGAACUUUUGCUGAACACCAGUGAAGUAACUGUUCGCUUUGAGAGUGGAUCCCACAUUUCUGGGCGGGGUUUUUUGCUAACCUAUGCCAGCAGCGACCAUCCAGAUUUAAUAACGUGUUUGGAACGAGCUAACCAUUAUUUGAAGACAGAAUACAGCAAGUUCUGCCCAGCUGGUUGUAGAGACAUAGCAGGAGAUAUUUCUGGGAAUGUGGUGCAUGGAUAUAGAGAUACCUCUUUACUAUGCAAAGCCGCCAUCCAUGCAGGAGUAAUUGCAGAUGAAGUGGGCGGUCAGAUUGGUGUGCUUCUGCGCAGAGGCAUGAGUCGAUACGAAGGGAUCCUGGCCAAUGGUGUGCUCUCAAGGCAUGGUUCCCUGUCAGACAAGCGAUUUCUGUUUACCUCCAAUGGUCAUGUAGCACCAAGUUGCAGCAGAUCCUUGAGUUUGGAACCUGACCGGCAAAUCAGAGCUUCUUCUUCUUGGGAGUGGAUCAAUGAGACUGGAGAUCAGGUCCGUUGGUCUCCUGGCCAAGCCCGACUUCAGGACCAAGGCCCGUCAUGGGCUUCGGGGGACAGGAGCAAGAACCACAAACGAGAGUGGCUGAGGAUAGACUUGGGAGAGAAAAAGAAAAUAACAGGAAUUAGGACCACUGGAUCCACACAGUCAAAUUUCAACUUCUAUGUAAAGAGUUUUGUAAUGAACUUCAGAAACAACAACUCCAAGUGGGAGACCUAUAAAGGAAUUGUGAAUAAUGAAGAAAAGGUGUUUCAGGGCAACUCUAAUUUUCGGGACCCUGUGCGGAACAAUUUCAUCCCUCCCAUUGUGGCCAGAUAUGUGCGCGUUAUCCCCCAGACGUGGCACCAGAGGAUAGCCUUGAAAGUGGAGCUCCUUGGCUGCCAGAUUGCACCAAGUAGGACUCAGGGUAAUGACUCAUUGGUGUGGAGCAAAACAAGUCUAAAUACUGUUGGUUCAACUAACAGAGAAGAUGAGACAAUCUUAAAACCCAUCCCCUCUGAAGAAAUGCCCAAAGGAUUAAACGUCAUAACUAUUGUUACUCCACUGGUGCUCCUCGUCCUGCUGGUUGCUGGAGUGGGAAUCUUUGCAGUCCUUAGAAAGAGGAAGAAGAAAGGAAAUCCUUAUGGAUCAGCUAAGGCUCAGAAAACAGACUGUUGGAAGCAGAUCAAAUAUCCCUUUGCCAGGCAUCAGUCAGCUGAGUUUACCAUCUGCUACGAUAAUGAAAAGGAGAUGACCCAAAAGUUGGAUCUCAUCACAAGUGAUAUGGCAGAUUACCAGCAGCCUCUCAUGAUUGGCACCGGAACGGUCGCCAGGAAGGGCUCUACCUUCCGGCCGAUGGACACCGAGGCCGACGAGGCGGGGCCGGACGCCGAGGCUGGCGGCCACUACGACUGCCCCCUCCCGGCCGGCCGCCACGAGUACGCCCUGCCCUUGACCAACCCCGAGCCCGAGUACGCCACGCCCAUCGUGGAGCGGCACCUGGCCCGGGCUCACUCCUUCUCGGCGCGGAGCGGCUACCGCGUGCCGGGCCCCGGGCCGGCGCACAAGCACUCCCUCUCCUCCGGCGCCUUCUCCCCGGCCGCCGGCUACCAGCUGCCGCAGAGCCCCGCGCCCGCGGACCCGGGCUACGACAAGCCCAAGGGCGGCGGCGGCGGUGGCGGCUCAGCCGCGGGGCACGCGGAUCCCGCCUAUCAGAAGCCGCAGGUCAACCCCGCGACCAACGCUGCCUACUUGGCCCCCAGAGACUGCCUCAGACCCCUCAACCAGACGGCCAUGACCGCUCUGCUGUGAACACACUGUGAAUGAAAGCUGCUGUGGUACUGAGCGCCGGGCUGUGCGCGGCCCUGGUAGCGGCGAGAUGCGCGCGCGCGAGAGACAGAGUGAGUGUGUGUGCGCGCGCGUGUGUGGUUUAACGGGAUCCUGCGGUGGAGUCGUAGAGGCACCCCCCCCCCACCCCACUGUUUACAGAAUUGUGCAGCUGGUUUUGUUCUGACCCUUAGGGCGAGCGUCUGUUGGGUUAAGUUUUCAGAUGGCAUUUUUCAUUUCUCUAACUGUGAUACCGAGCUGCUUCGGUGUAAAAUGUGCAAUCUGUACAGAGUUGUAUUUAACAAGAAUUAAAGUAACUAACUUAAGUUUGCUUGCGCAGAUUUUGGUUCUACACGGAGGUUAUGUAGGAGAAUGCAGCUGUUGCAAAAACGUAUAUAAUAGUAUGUUCACUUUAAAGAUAUUUUAUCUGAUAGUGUGUUAGCAGCAGGUCUGUUUAAACUUAAUCUUGUUGUUAUUAUGGCUCAUUUCCUUUCCUUUGAUAUCGAGAACUAAAAGCAUUGUUAACAUUCUUCUCCUGGAAGGAAUGAAAUUACUUGAAGCAAGAAAAGCUCACCAGGGUGGUUGUUUGUUUGCAAUUAUGACUGUAGAUUAAAAAGAACGAACAAACAAAAUGCACCACCUCAGCAGCUGCCAGUUCCUUAGACUCCACUUCAGGUGGGGAUGUGCAGCGGCCUGUCAAGGUGUGCAAGGAGCAGGAGGUCUCUGGAGCCUGCAGGGGGCCUCACUGCCCGCAGCCUGUGGGACCAGGCUCCUGAGCAGCUGGCCUUCACACUUUGCUUCUUGCUCACCUCAGGCCUGGCAGAUAUUUGCUUUCACACGCAAAUCUGCCUUUUCAAACUGUCUGCAAAGCCAAAUGCCGAGACUUAAUGGCAACCAAAACUGCUCUCUCAACAAACUGAAUGAAGGUGGCACAGCAAUUAGGCUGUAAAUUACUGUGUCAGACGCUUUUGUUCCUCAGAUUAAAAAUAUUGCUGAGGUCAGACACCCACACUUCUCAUGACUUUCUUCAGAAAUAGCACAUCCGUACUCUGAAACACGAAAAAGUUACGUGACUCGUGUUCUUACAAAAGUGACUGAGGCCAAAUCUACAUAGAGCUUUUCUACUGAGAUGGUUGGAAACUGAACUAAUUUUGUAAGAAAAAAUUGCCCCUCGAGUAUGUGUAAUUCCAGAUUAGCCCAGACUUCAGCUGUACCUCAUGUUCAGUGGUUUUUAUCUGAGUUUGCUUUGUGAGUUCACUGAGGGGGGGAUUUAACCUCUUUUGCCAAAGAGGAAAGUGUGUGUUUGUUUGUUUUAAUAGAAAAUGUGGACCAAAAAGAUCCUUUCCCUAAAAAUGUAUUAUAAUCCUAUUUGCAUGACUGACUUUCUGUGAAACAUAAAUUUUAGAAUACUGAGGUGCUGGAAGGUCACAGCAGACCAUCUGUGGUUAUUGUGGAGGUUAAACCAUUUACCUUGUGAGUUUACAUGGUUUUAUACGAAUACUAAUUGCAGUAGACUAUGCCAAACCAACGUACGUACCCC